AUCAAUCAGCAAACUAAAUACCAAUUAAAAUAGUUUUUCAUUUUACAAACUAUACCCUUUCUCUCUUUCCUAUAAUUUGAUCAAAGUCUUCUCUCUUUUUUUUAAUUUGUUAAACCAGAAUGAAAUAAAAACAUCUCAAAUAACAAAACCCAUAAAAACCAUUUCAUAUCUCUCUCUCUCUCUCUCUCUCUCUCUCUCUCUCUCUCUCUCAUCAAAUCUCCAUACCCAGAGAAUUCAGAUUUAUCAGAUUUACAUAGAGAUAGAGAGAGAGAGAGAGAGAGAAGCAAGCAUGAGGACCAAAGUAGCUCAACUUUCCAUUAGUCUAAAACUAACUCUCUCCUUAUUCUUCCUCUUCUUCUUCCUAAUUCUAAUAAUCAGAUCAAACUUCUCCUUCACCAAUAUCUCUUCUCCAGCCACCGUCGUAUCCAAAACCCACAUCUCAAAUUCAACUAACUGUCCAACAAACAAUAUCAUCGCUUCCCCAAUUCAAACAUGCACCAAAACGCCGCCGUCUUUGGCCAACGCAUUAGUCCACUACGUAACCACAAACAUAACCCCACAACAAACCCUCAAAGAAAUCUCAGUCUCCAUGAGAAUCCUCGAGAAGAAAUCGCCUUGUAACUUCCUCGUCUUCGGAUUAGGACACGACAGUCUCAUGUGGAAUGCCCUUAACUACGGCGGCCGUACCGUAUUUUUAGAGGAAGACAAAUCUUGGAUCGAACAAAUACGACGUCGUAUGCCUGGUCUGGAGUCGUACCACGUGGAAUACGAUACUAAGGUCCACCAAGCCGAUGAGCUUAUGAAAAUCAGUAGUGGGACCCAGGAUUGUGAGGUGGUGGGGGACCCACGAUUCUCCAAGUGUCAGCUUGCUCUUAAGAAUUUCCCUAGUGACGUGUACGAUACAGAGUGGGACCUCAUCAUGGUUGAUGCGCCUACUGGGUGGGUCCCACAUGCUCCCGGGAGGAUGACCGCUAUUUACACGGCUGGGAUUAUGGCUAGGAAUAGAGAGAGUGGAGAAACUGAUGUGUUCGUUCAUGACGUGGAUAGGCCCGUAGAGGAUAAAUUCUCUAAGGCUUUUCUUUGUCAAGGCUAUCUCACCCAACAACAAGGUAGGUUGAGGCAUUUCACUAUUCCUAGCCAUAGGGCUCGUCUUGGAAGACCAUUUUGCCCUUGACUUUUAGAUUGGUUGAAGCCUCUUUUUCUUCUUCCUUUAAAUUUUCUCCUAUCCUACCUCAUUAAUUAUUAUUUUUAUACUACUGUAAAAUUAAAUAAAAUAAAAUUGUAUUUUUUUUUUCUCUUUUUCUUUUUCAAUGGUAAUUUUUCGUAGAUGUAAAAGGGAUACAUUACAUGGAUUUCGCUUCAAUAAACUAGCCACCUUUAUGUUGCAUUA